AACAUUCUUCCGGAUUUCCCCACUUCGGCUGUCGUAUUUUCUUCUCAACACCUCGGAGCGCAUGAAUUGUUUUAUAGCGUACGAGUACCUUUUGUGCCCCUAGCAUAAAUACAUCCAAGACUUGUCCGAUUUUGAUGCGUUUUCUCAUCAAAGCUCAAACAAACCUCUCGAUCUCAGUUACUUCUUGAGAAGAUAAGAUAAUGUCUCGUGGCCUCUUAACAGUGGGCUUUGUAUUGGCCUCUCUACUCUCUGCUGCUCUUCAUGUGGCUCUCAACUCCCCCAUCUCCCCUCUCCCCCUCUCUCUCCCCUCUUCAAAAUUCUGCUCCAACAACCUCUUGCAGGGAGUGAUUAAGCUUGGAGAAGGCAAGCUAGUGGGCCCAGAAGAUGUGUUGGUGGGCCCAGAUGGUGUGUUGUUCACGGCUACAAGGGAUGGGUGGAUAAAGAGGAUACAGCCCGAUGGAUCUGUGGAGGAUUGGAGGUUUAUCGGAGGGCCGGCUGUGCUUGGGAUCACGGCGUCAAGGGAUGGAGAUCUCCUAGCUUGUGAUGCUCAUAAGGGGCUGCUGAAGGUUGGGGACGGAGGAGUAAACGUUCUUGCUACUCGCGUCGAUGAUGACGGCUCCGUUAUCAGAUUUGCGGAUGAGGCCGUUGAAGCUUCCGAUGGAAGCGUAUACUUCACGGAUGCAUCCAGUAAAUUCGGUCUCUCGGAUUGGUUGCUUGAUGUUCUUGAAGCCAAACCUCACGGUCGACUCCUCAAAUAUGAUCCUGUGACGAAGCACACCUCAGUGGUUCUUUCUGACCUCGCAUUUGCCAAUGGUGUCACUCUUUCGCCUGACGAAGACUUCCUCAUAGUUUGUGAAACUUGGAGAUUUCAGUGCCUAAAAUAUUGGCUUAAAGGAGAACGCAAAGGAAAAUCAGAAAUAUUUGUCGACAAUCUCCCCGGAGGACCAGAUAACAUCAAUUUAGCACCAGAUGGAUCUUAUUGGAUUGCUCUACUCUCACUUCAUAUCAUGCAAGGAUCCCUAGGAAACAUCCCCCUGAUCAAGCGCAUCGUAGCAACAUUUCCAAAGCUAUUGAAGAGCAUACAUCCUAUGAAGAAUGGGGCAAUGGCAGUAAAAGUAGCGGAAAAUGGGACUAUCACAAGGACAGUUGAUGAUUCUAAUGGAAGUGUGAUGUCAUUUGUUACCUCAGCCCUGGAGUUUGAAGGUCAUCUUUAUCUUGGUAGCUUGGCAACAGACUUUAUAGGCAAAUUGCCACUCUAGAGUAUAAAAAUCUUCCUUUCCUAUUCUCAUGUAGAAGCAUAAUAAGCUUUUGAGGGAGCAUUUGCAUGAGCCAAAAGCUUAAACAUCGUUGACGUUUUGGUGGAAUUGACUUGUGAAUAUUGGUAUUGGUAUUGGUAUCUUCAGUACGUGAUUGGAAGUGUGUUUUAUAGGAUUUAUUUUUCAUGUAGAUCCGAUUAUGUUUUACGA